AUGCUCGGCAGGUCCGGAUACCGGGCGCUGCCUCUAGGGGAUUUUGACCGCUUCCAGCAGUCGAGCUUCGGCUUUCUGGGCUCGCAGAAGGGCUGCUUGUCCCCGGAGCCGGGCGGCGUGGGGCCGGGGGCCGAUGCGCCCCAGAGCUGGCCCUCCUGCCUCUGCCAUGGCCUCAUCAGUUUCCUGGGGUUCUUGCUGCUGAUGAUCACCUUCCCUGUUUCUGGCUGGUUUGCCCUGAAGAUCGUGCCCACCUAUGAGCGGAUGAUCGUGUUCCGGCUGGGCCGGAUCCGUACCCCCCAGGGGCCUGGCAUGGUUCUGCUCCUUCCUUUUAUUGACUCCUUUCAAAGAGUGGAUCUGAGGACACGAGCCUUCAGUGUCCCUCCCUGUAAGCUGGCCUCAAAGGAUGGAGCUGUGCUGUCUGUGGGGGCCGAUGUCCAGUUCCGCAUCUGGGACCCUGUGCUGUCGGUGAUGACUGUGAAGGACCUGAACACAGCCACGCGCAUGACGGCACAGAAUGCCAUGACCAAGGCCCUGCUUAAGAGGCCACUGCGGGAGAUCCAGAUGGAGAAGCUCAAGAUCAGUGAACAGCUCCUGCUGGAGAUCAAUGAUGUGACCCGGGCCUGGGGACUGGAGGUGGACCGCAUGGAACUGGCAGUGGAGGCCGUGCUCCAGCCACCCCAGGACAGCCCAGCUGGGCCCAGCCUGGACAGCACCCUCCAGCAGCUGGCCCUCCACUUCCUGGGAGGAGGCAUGAAUUCAGUGGCAGGAGGUGCCCCCCUACUGGGGCCAGCAGACACCUUGGAGAUGGUGAGCGAAGUUGAGCUGCCUGCCCCUCAUGUUGGUGCUGGGCCCAGCCCAAAGCAGCCUGUGGCUGAGGGGCUGCUGACUGCUCUGCAGCCCUUCCUGUCUGAGGCCCUGGUCAGCCAAGUCGGGGCCUGCUACCAGUUCAAUGUCAUCCUUCCCAGUGGCACCCAGAGCAUCUACUUCCUGGACCUCACUACAGGGCAAGGAAGAGUGGGACAUGGGGUGCCUGAUGGCAUCCCCGACGUGGUGGUGGAUAUGACAGAGGAAGACCUCCAGGCCCUGUUAUGCAGAGAGCUUCGGCCCCUGGGGGCCUACAUGAGUGGGCGGCUGAAGGUGAAGGGUGACUUGGCUGUGGCCAUGAAGCUGGAGGCUGUCCUCAGGGCCCUGAAGUAACAGCCUUGGCUGACCAUUCACAGUCUAACCCCAUGCCUGGCACCAAGCCAGGGGGGGGCCUCUUGGAGGAAGAGACAUUGGCCUGCACUAUGGAGAGUUGAGACCCUAAGAAGUUUCAGGCCCAGCCAGGAGCCCAUGGAUGGAGGCUGAAAGAUGCUGGAGGCCGGGAGAGGCAGAGUCAGGCUGCCCUGCACUUCUCACCUGUUGUGGUUCUCUGGACAAGCCUUUGCCCAUGUCUGUCUUCAGCUGAGUGCCCAGCCCUGGGCGCCCAGCCCUGAGCUGGGUACACAGUGUGGUGACAGCAAGAGAAGGCUGAAACUGCUGUCUACCUGACUGACAAGAGAGGCAGGACCCACAGACACAGCCUGCCAACAGUUGCUUUGGUCCCCGUGAUUCAGACUCAAAGCUCCAGGGGUGGAUCAGAGAGGGUGGGGAAGGGAGAAGGAAGGCAGCCUUCAAGAAGAGGGAUCUGGGAAUCUGGCUGCCUUCCUGGGGGGUGGGAGAGGGCAGCAUGGGAAAGACCAGGCCUGCUGCUCCCUGUCCCUACUCCUGGGGACAUCUUGACUCAUGUGCCAGCUCUAUCUUGCAUGCCAGAGGAGCUGGGGCCUAGGGCAGCAUGAAGGAGAGCCCUGCCAUUCGUACUUCUUUCCAGAGGUUUGAAAACCGUGGACAAAUAA